UCCAACAUAAAAACUUCAGUUUUAUCUUGAAAUGUUCAGUUGACGUCUAGUAGCUCUGCAGACAAUACAAUGGACAAACUAUUCCUAAUCACGGUUGGUGUACUGAUCACUCUUAACUAUAUUUCCACCUCUCCAACAAUCUUUGGUACUCCAGUAGCCUGUGUUUGCCCGACUGGAAGAUCCCAGACUUCUGCCAGACUUUUCUUCGGAGGAUCCAACUGUUGCACCCCAUCAACUAACAAGGGUGUUGUUUUGAUCGGAGGAUCAAAUAAAGCAUCACCUGCACCAGAAAGUUUUUCAUGUUCAGAAACUUUUGCUGAUACUGUACUAUUAUUAUAUCGUCCCGGAGCAGCGGUCUUAAAUAACCAGCUUUACUACUGUGGAGGUUUUAAUUUUAAUAAUUUUAAUGAUACCGACAAAUGUUUUAAGAAUGAGCGAGGAAACUGGGUGGCAGUUCCAAGUAUGAAUGAACCAAAAUAUUUUCAAACCAUGACAACAGUCGGUUCAUAUAUCCUUGUCACUGGGGGAUAUUCUUCUAUCUCCACAGAUCCUUUUGGUGCACUAGACUCUGUGGAUAUUUUUGAUGGUGCAGUGUGGGUUAAGCUUCCAUAUACACUUUCUUCCAGGAGAGCAGGCCACUGUGCUGUUCCGGUUAGCGACACAGAAAUAUUGAUUAUUGGGGGUACUUUUGGUAAUAAAACACUUGUUGCAGAGAAGUAUAAUAUAUUUACGGGUGAUAUCACGAGUAUUCCAAGCUCAUCUAUAGAGAGGUAUGGACAUGCUUGUGCGAUGUUGAACGGGGAAGUUUAUGUUAGCGGAGGAAUUGCAUUACAGUUUGCAAAUAGGAAGAAGUUCGACGUGGUUGAAGUAACUAAACAAGGUGGAGGAAUUAUUGACAGUAUUACUGACAGUGUUGAAGUAUUGAACCUAGAAACCUUGAAAUGGAGAACUAUAUCACCCAUGAAUACUACACGUGGCUAUCAUACAAUGGAGGUUGUAAAUGCAGAAUUAACAGUGUUUGGAGGG